AGAACAGCUGUGAUCUGCGAGCAAAUCGUAAACAAAAAUAAUACAAUGCCGUCAACUUUAAUCUUUUCCAAAAUUAUUUAUUAAAUACAAAUAAGUUAAACUCUCUCUAAAUGAAUCUUUUCAUUAGAAUUACCGUAUUUAUCUUACUGUGUUGUGUUCCACUUGCAUUGCAAGUCGAAUACGAUUGCAACGACCUGCAUAUGGGUCAAUAUCUCUGCCCAGAUCCCAGCAAAAACCCCAUCGACCCAAAAACCCAACAAUUCCGAGGAUGCACCAAAGAAAACAAAGCAAGAGUCUGGUGCAUUGCUGUAGAUGGUAUUGAAUGCACUGAAACGAAAAACAACACCUUUACCAGAGAACUACCUUGCAAAUGGACAAAUGGAUAUCGCUUUGACACGGCAUUAUUGCUGUCGGUGUUCCUAGGCAUGUUUGGAAUUGACCGAUUCUAUUUGGGAUAUCCAGCAAUUGGCCUAGCAAAGCUAUGUACGCUAGGUUUUAUGUUCCUUGGACAACUCAUUGACAUUGUUUUGAUUGCCAUGCAAGUUGUAGGCCCUGCUGAUGGCUCGGCGUACAUUAUUCCAUUUUAUGGAGCCGGUGUGACAAUAAUUAAAAGUGACAACACUACAUAUCGACUUCCAAGGGAUGACUGGUAGUAGGGAUAAGAUAUUUAUAAAUAUACCAUUAAUGUAAAUAAUUAUAAAUAAAGAUAAGUUAUGUAUGACAAAAAA